CGACAAUAGAUACUGACACUCCAGCCAGAGUUUGUUUAGUAGUUCAGAUAGAACAAUAGAAACUAUUUUAUAUCAAAACAUCAAACUCUGCGACACCUGAACGACUUCACUCGUCUGUUGUCAUCUGAUGGAUUAAAAGUUAACAACAAUCAACGUAGGAACACUUUUCCUGGCGGAGAUAUGCUACUCAGAUCAGAGUUCUUGUGGUUUUAGACGGUAAAUAAACCGAGUUGCUCUCGGUAUGGCGGAGGCGCGUGCUGAGGAGGACGAGGAGCGUUUGCGCGAGCCUGGCGGCGGCGGCGCGAGACGGACUUCGGCAGGUAGAACAGAACACUCGGACAGGAAUAAACCGGAACAUCGUCACUCCAGUCAAGGGCCGCUGUCGUCCAUCCGUGCGGUCAUCAAAAGGACAUCUACAAGAACGAGCUCUCAAAGCGACCAUCACAGAGACAGGAGGCGUCCGGAAAUCACUAUCCUGUCUGCUGAACCGCUGCACUCUAAUGCCUGGUUUCCAGGAGCCUCUGGAGCUUUUCCUCCAGCCCCGCCCCCUGCCCCGCCCUCUUGGGCUGCAGCCUCGGCGACAGUACAGCUCCCUCCUCCCUCGUAUGAGCAGGUGAUCAGAGAAAUGAGCCGUGAACAGACUCCUCCUAUAUCCACUUCAACAUCUUCACCUCUGGCUUCUCGUCGUUCUACUUCCACCAUUGCCACGCAGACGGACACGGACUCGCCCGGCUCACAAUCCUCUGCUUCUCGCCCAGUUCGCAGACCGCCCAAGCCCCCCCGCCCGUUGCUUCCUCUCAAACCCUUGGACCCUCUCAUCGAACUGGACGGGUCUAACCUUCCCGCCAAUGCCAAGCUUUCAACACCACUCCACGAGUGUAGCAUUCAGACUGACUUUGAUGACAUCAUCGCUGACAUCAGUCCACUAGAGCCUGCCUCCACUUGGAUCAGCUUUGAUUCCCCACCGGACCCACCGAAAGAGGAGACAAAUGCACGUCCCAGACCACGGCCCCGCAGCAAGGUUGCCUUACAACCAGCCGCCAGCGAGGACGUUCUGGAUCAGCCAAUGACAGCAGAGGUGAAAGUGCAGACUCUAGUGCGUUUUAAGGACAAUGGGGCCGAUAGCGUGUUCGCAGGAUUCACCGAGGAGUCCUCGAACUUCUCCAGCAAAUACUUCCAAGACCUGCUAGAGGUGUUUGGUUCUGAUGAAACUCACAUCCUUGAUGGUCAACAAAGCGGGACGAGCGAUGAAGAUGCAAAGGAUGCAUCCGCAUGGGACUCCGUCAUCUCCAUGGUAACACCUGAACCUGUAGAACCUUUAAAUAGACCGCAGCCAAGACCCAGAACUCACAAACCCAAACCUCAACUCGCCCCAAAACCGUUUACUGUAGGAACAGAUGUUUUUGAGAGCAGAGAACUUAACGUUGAGCAAGAUCCCUUCAGAAAAACCUCCAGCCCUCCUGUACCAGCACCCAGACCUCUUCUAAACAAACAUCAGUGCCCAUCAGAUGGGUACAGGGUUUCUCCAUCCACCAAACCUCCUGCUGUCUGUCCUGAGAGCACUCCUCUUGGGCAUCAGAUGCCAACGGUGGACUUCAGUCCAUCUGAGACCAAAAACAGUUCUUCAAACACUCCACUGAAGGCAUCGGCAGUGUCGUCCACCGACCGAGGCGUCGUAAAACGUCCAUCUGUCCCCAAAAACUCCCGACCGCCUCCACCUGUGCUCAAAAAGGUGUCGUCCUCCUCGCAGGUUUCUGACACUACAGUGAAUGUUUCCAUAGCGACAGAUGCCCCGGUUCCCCCUCUGCCCCCGAGACCCAGUGGUGUUAGACUCCUCCCCCUCUGUCCUCCUCCAAUCAAAGUGACCAAACAUACAGGCCCCGCCUCCUCGUUACCCACUGCGACCAAUCAGCCGCCAGGCAGCAGGGUGCCAAAGAGAGGCCCGCCCCUUCCACCCCGACCAAAACCAGGACAUCCACUUUAUAGAUAUUCUAGAGAAGUUGUUCAUGGACAUGUGGAAGAAGAGAAUGUGGACAAAGAGCAAGAGGAACCAUCUUUCCAUGAAGAAGAGCAGCUCAUUGUACUGGACGAUACAAACACCGCACACACCCCGCUCCAUACACUCCAUGAGCUCUGGCCAUCAGGAGAGGUCAAAGGUCAAGCCGUGACUGUCCCUGGAGGUCUGGACACGUCCACAGAGCAGCAGACGCAACCGAACACGCACAACAGGUGUGUGGCUCGCUUUGCAUUUGAGGGGGAGGAUGGAGAGCUGACGUUCAAUGAGGGUGAUGUCAUCACUGUAACGGAAUAUGUGAAUGAGGAGUGGGGGCGGGGCAGUCUGAAUGGGCGAGUUGGAAACUUCCCUCUCAAUUUCAUGGAGGUGAAAGAGGAAGCUGAAGCGUUUCAAAGGACAACCGCUUCGGAAGCACCUGGACGGAUGAACAGAGGAAGGGCACUUUAUGAUUUCUCCCCUGAAUGUGAGGAUGAGCUCUGUCUGAAGGCAGGAGACGUGGUGUGUGAGCUGGAAGACAUGGAUGACGAGUGGUUUCUGGGAGAGUUUGACGGGAAACGUGGCAUUGUCCCUAAAAACUACAUUCAAAUACUGAUGAACCCCUGAACAUGAACAUGAGUGCCUCGGCAUUCCUGUCACAUGUCUCGGCGUUCCUGUCACAUGUCUCGGCAUUCCUGUCACAUGUCUCGGCAUUCCUGUCACAUGUCUCGGCAUUCCUGUCACAUGUCUCGGCAUUCCUGCAUUUUACCCAUCAACACUCGUACACAUGUUGGUUUGUAAAAUGCCGGAAGAUGAUUGGAUGUGUUAGUGACUUCUCAUAGCUGUACUGACUCCCGUGUGUAAACUUUACAUCUCAUCUGUGUGUUUGUAUGAAUGUUUUACCUUUUUAACCAACAUUAAACUGCACCCUUACAAUAACAGACUUUAA